AUGGCACCAUUGAACGCUACAAAGUGCUUCUCGUUGCCAAAGUUGGAUGUUCAAAACGCCUUCCUUCAUGGCGAUCUUGACGAAGAGGUUUAUAUGGUUCCUCCUCCAGGUCUUCGCCGACAAGGAGAGAACUUGAACGCAGGUUUUCGACAAUCCAAAGCAAAUUAUUCACUUUUCACCAAAGUAAAAGUGUCACAUUCUCGAAAAGGCAUCUUUAUGUCUCAACGGAGAUAUGCCUUCGAUAUAUUGCAAGAUGUAGGCUUAUUGGGAGCACGACCUAAAACCUUUCCUAUGGAGCAGAAUUUGAAACUCUCACCUACAGAAGUGCAGACUUUGAGCCAGUUUAUGCAUCAGCCAAGAAAACCACACUUAGAUGUUGCACUCCGAAUUUUGAGAUUUGUUAAAGGCACACCUGGCCAAGGAUGUCUUACCACCAGGCGGUCUGUCACAGGAUACUGUCUUUUUUUAGGAGACUCUCUAGUUUCAUGGAAAUCCAAGAAACAAACUAAUGUGUCACGAUCAUCCGCAGAGGCAGAAUAUCGCUAUGGCUACAACUUUUUUGGAAUUAACUUGAUUGCUGCGAACCCUGUGUUUCAUGAACGAACAAAGCAUAUUGAGAUUGAUUGUCACAUAGUUCGUGAAAAAUUACUAGCUGGCAUCAUUUCUACUUCACAUGUUCCUUCACGUGCUCAACUAGCUGAUAUUUUUACGAAGGCAUUGGGAAGAAAUAACUUCCAGUUAAUGAGCAGCAAGUUGGGACUUCACGACAUUCAUUCUCCAACUUGA